CAAAGUUUCAGAAGAGAACGUUGGGGGGGUGAUAACGUUACUGUGAGUCUUUCUGAUAUGAGAGUAUGUUGUAAAUGAUUCAUUUAAACAGGUACUCCACUGGCCCCUGGGAGUACGACUUUAGCUCGGUAGAUGCAAGUUUUCUGGAGUAUCCUCAAAUAGAGUUUAUCAACUGUGAGAUAAAGUUUAAGGAAUAUUGAAUCUUGGACGACUGACUAUUAAAAAUGGGGACAAUUCCAAGUGAUGUCAAGAGGCUUUUGAAUGACUGUGAGAUGUUCUUGGAUGACAUCCUGAAGGAAGAGAAUCUGAGCAAGAAUGCAGAAACGAUGAGGAACAUCUUGCUGGGCAACUUCACAGUGGUCUAUAAUCAAAAUCCCCAGGAGUUCAACUUCACAGCUGAGUCCAGACAGGAAGACGGUUCUGAUGAUAACCAGAGUUCCAGUCUGGGACGCUCCGAUGACGCGUCAGUGGCCUCCGACUACCAAGAUGAAGUAUCUCCCAAAUACUUGGGGGAGAUCCUGCCGGUGGCCCCUCAGGAUCUGAACAACGUCCUCAAGCAAGGCCACCUGGAGAAGAGGAAAAGAGACCACAGCUUCUUCGGCUCCGAGUGGCAGAAGAGAUGGUGCGUGCUCAACAACUCAACGCUCUACUACUUUGGCAGCGAAAAAGACAGGCAGCAGAAGGGGGCCUUCUUCAUCAACGGCUACACAGCGGCGCAGGUGGUGAGCCUACGCAAGGAGAGGCAGAAGAUGUCCUGCUUUGAGCUCAGUGCCCCCGGACGGCGCAGCUACCAGUUUACAGCCAGCAACCCCCAGGAGGCCAAAGACUGGGUCGACCAGAUCAAUUUUGUCCUAAAAGAUCUCCAGUCCGGUGCCAUCCCAUUCGACGUUGACGAGGAGGAGGAGGAGGAGGAGGAAGAGGAGGAGGAGGAGGAGGAGGAGGAGGGGGAGGAGACCUACGAUGACAUUGACGGGAUGCAGGAGGAGGAAGAGGACGAGGACGCUAUCUACGAGAUGCUGCCGGGUGAGGAUUCUCUGGAGACAAUGGAUGAGCCCAGCGAGAACAGCAGCAAACCAGAGUCAGACUACUCUAACUACUACCAGGGUCUGUGGAACUGUGAGGGCGACCAGCCUGAUGAGCUGAGCUUCAACAGAGGAGAUCUCAUCCGCAUCCUGAGCAAGGUGUACAACAUCCAUGGCUGGUGGGUAGGCGAGCUGAAGGGGGCAGUUGGGAUCGUUCCCAAAGACUUCCUAGACCAGGCCUACAUCCUCUGAGUGCCAACAGAACCGCCGCACAUCCGUCUGGGAAUUCCAGGAAGGGGCCGUGCGGGAAAUCCAUCAACAAUAUAUUGUUAUUAUUUUUUCCCCUAUGAUUUAAUUUAACUUUUCCUGUACGUUUUCCUUUAUUACUUUUGGUCCGUUAUGUGUGUUAUGGAAAUGGUAUAAAUGUCGUGGACAUGAAAAAC